AUGUCUGAAGUCCGAACCUCACAGUCCAGUGAGAUUGAAAAUGGUUCCCAGGAGAUCUCUGUUGUGCAUGUGACAAUUCCUAACCAACCAGUCCAGGUGCAAUCAGUUAUACAAUCUAGCCAUCAACCAUCAGUGAUACAGACAACCGGCCCCAAUGUACAAACUAUACAGGUAGCUACAGUAGAUGAUGAUUUGACAGAUGGUGCUGAAGGAAGGAAGAGGAGAGAGAUUUUAGCUAGGAGACCCUCAUAUCGAAAAAUCUUGAAUGACUUGUCAUCUGAGUGUCCAUCAAUAAAAAUAGAAGAAGAAUCAAGUAGCAACCAGAGUCAGGACGGUCAAGAAACGUCUGAAGCAGCUUCUAAUCUAACAACUACAAAUUCUAUACAGUACCAACCAACUGCAGUCCUUGGCCAGAUGGAUGGUUUGCCUUUAGUCCAAUCUGGUGCCAUCCAAAUAACUACUCACCCAGAAGGAACAGUUGCAGGACAAGGUCUGCAGACACUAACAAUGACUAAUGCCAACCCAUCAUCAGGUGCCAGUGCCACUCCAGGUACAGCCACCAUUGUACAGUAUGCUCAAGGUCCUGAUGGACAGUUUCUUAUUCCAGUUACAGUCGGUGGUGCAAAUGUUCAGGCAUAUCAAAUUGCCACUUCACUACCACAAGUGGUUAUGGCCACAGGAAAUGCAAUUGCCAGCCCACAACAAUUAUCAGAAGAAGCAGCACGAAAGAGAGAAUUACGCUUGUUAAAAAACAGAGAAGCUGCUUCAGAAUGUCGGCGGAAGAAAAAAGAAUAUGUGAAAUGUUUGGAGAAUCCUGCUGGCUUCUUUCAGAGAACUGUAAAAUUUGGCAUUUCUUGCCAAAGACAACCACACCAGCAUCAUCAUUUUCUUUCUUUGUAA